AUGUUGUUUAACAUUAUUAUUAGGCUUUGGAUGAUUUGCGACACAAUGCAUUAAGUACUGUUCAAUAUGCUGAAUUUAGUAUUCCAAGUUGUCAUCGUAGUCGAAAUGAAUCAAGUCAUAUUGGUAAACAUCUUGUACCUCUUGUUAGUACUUAUAUGCCUAAUUUACAAACAUUACGUCUUUGGAGACCAGAUGACUUUCCUUGGACAUCGAUUCGACCUGACUUUCAAUCUAAAAAAUUUUAUGGUAAAUUAGUUAGACGAUGGUUAAAGUUUCUACAUACGCCUCAAUCUAUCAAUGAACAUGUGAAUGUUUUUGACCAGGAUCUUUGCCAAUUAAUUGAACAAUUAAAAAAACUUGUCUAUCUUGAUAUUCAUGGUUGUAUUCCUUAUGAUAAAAUUGAACCUUACCGUUUAAGAGUUCAAAUUCGUUUUCCAAAUAGUCGAAUUCAUAUUUCUGCAUCAAGAUUUCGUCUUUGGAUAUAA